AUGCAAUUUAACAUUUUUUGUAUCCUGUUUGAAUACAGGAUUCUAACACUAAUUAUUCAUAAUUUUAUUGUAACGCGGAAUCUCAUUAUUUAAAGACUGGUUGCUAAGCAUAACAUCUAUUUUGUUUAUUAAAUAAUAAUGACGGCUAAUAAUAAGUAGUAUUCGGUGAAUUUUCAUAUAUAUUAUAAUUCUCUUUGAAUUAAAUCAAUACGUAAUUCUAUUUCAUUAGAUUUAUGCUAAUUAAAAAAUGACGGAGGAGAAGUCAGAAACUUUAAGCAACGAUAAAACUUACGAUCCGAAAGUGAGAUGGGUGAUACCGCAGCGUUUGGAUUUCAUGACGUUCAUCGGCAAGGACGUCCUCGCAGUCGCCCAUGAUAUUUACAUCGUGUUUUUGAAUUUGAAGACGCACGUUGAACAUGUGUAUGUCGCCAAUGACGUCACAAGGGGUGACGGUGUUGAUGUUGUUGCAGGACAUAGAACAAACCUGUUCGCGUUUGCCGAGAAAGUGAAGAAUGCGCGAAUAUUUAUCGUCACUUACCCAUCGUUCAAUAUUAUCACGGAAUUAAAAGAUACUGACGUGAACAGAUACAAAGGCCUGUGCCUCAUGGAGUGCGACCUGGUGGCGGGGUUCAGUGGUUUCCCGGACUACUUGAUAUCUGUGUGGAAUUGGCGAACCAAGCAGCGGCUCAUCUCUCUACCCACUGGAGUUAUACGACGCAGUCAGAUUUAUAUGGCAAGCCGCUCCCACAUGUUAAUCUGCGAGUGUUGGGGCGAGGGUCUGAUUGUGUGGGAAGUGGCGCAGUGCUACAAGAAGUGCUUCAUGCUGAAGCGGCCCAAGGAAGAGAAGACGGGUUGGGAGGUGUCGGUGCCGCCGCUCGUCGGCGUCUGUUGGAGCAACGAGGGGCAGCUGUACGCUAUUGAUCCUAGUGGGAAUUUGUAUGGUAUCCUCUCGGACGGCAUCGGCAUGGUAACCCAGCUCGAAUGGUCUGAAGAGCGGAAGGGUACACGCAAGCCGAGCGUCUGCACCUUUGGCAAUGGGAUGCUGUUGUACGGACCUGAUAAUUGUCUGCGGUCACUAAAGAAAUCCGGGAGCACAUGGAAGGUGGUGUUCACGUUCAUCCCUCACGACGACGUGGUGCGCCUCCUGUCCAACUCCACCAACGACGUGGCCGCCGUGUGGACCAGCAGCGGGUUGGUGUACAGGAUCACAGGAGACGAGGACAAGGUCCACGUCAACCUGUUCACUCACAAACAGAGGAAUAUAACAAAGGUCCAGAUGAUAGCGCCCGACUAUACUCACCUGGCGACAAUUGACGAUUCAGGAGUUCUGUGUAUCUACGAAAUAUUAUCCACAAAAUUGGUACUCGUCAAGUUCGUAGAAGGCGAGGACAUAUCGUUCCAAGCGAGCCCGAUGGACCCAUUGCUCAUCGUGUACGGUGAGGUGGACACGAACUACGGCAUGGCCCUGUUCACGUACAGCCCCGAGGGUCUGGAGAAGGCCGGCAGCGUGUGCCUCACCAACCAGAUAGUGUCUGAAGUGGUGUUCUCACCCACCGGACGGGAGCUGGUGGCGGCCGCCAUGUCUGCUGGGCACAUUUUUAUUUACAAAUUGUCGGAAGAUUACAAGUUGACGCUGGUGCGCUACACGGAGCUGGGCCGCGGGCUGGCGGACUGCUUCCUCAUGAGGGUCGGAGACGCCAUGCGCAGCUUCAGCCUCGUGCUCUUCUCCGACAAGUAUGCUAUUGGCGAGAGGAUAAUCUGCAUAAACGCUGAAUCUGGUAAAGACAACAAGUUCGCGGGCAAGAUGCAGGGUCCAUACCAGAAGCUGUUGCCUCUCAGCACCAAGGACACCAUGCUCGCCAUUCCACACCUCAGCAAGCAGUUCCACGUGCUCAAACUGUCUGGGGAUAAAGGCGUAACAGUUUCUGUGAAGAUGGGUCCGAUAAUAGAUUCUGGACACGACAUCAAGAGUUUCAUGGGAUUCCUCAACUUCGGCGCAUUACUCACGUAUGGAUAUGAUGGAACCAUUAUAUUUAGGCAGCCUGACGCUCCGGAAGAAUAUGAGCUGAAGUUAAUCACGAGCCACCGUUAUGAGAGCGGCAUACGUAACGCACUAGUGGAUGCUCACAACACGUGCAUACUGCACCUCGGCAGAAACCGAACCCUCGCCUGCGCGCUGCUGCACGCCCACGCUGAACCCGGCGACCCUGCGCACGCGCCGAUAGAUAUCAACCUCUUUGAUGAGAAAGUGCAUACCGUUACUAUUAUUGGAGAGAGAUACUAUUGCAAAAAUUACCUAGAUUUGCAAGAAGACAAGAAGGUUCAUGAAGAAGCAAUGGACUACAAGCGGCAGCGGGACGAGGUGGUUAAAACGUUCGAGAGUAUUCAGAACAAGUUGGUAGAGCUGCUAGAGGAGAACCUGGUGGAGGUGCCUCUCCACCAACUCUCACUGGCCGAGUUCAACUUACAUCAAGAGCAUAAGAAGGAGAGGCUGAAGCAGGCUGAGAAAGAGCGUGAAACCAUACGACUAGAAACAGAAGCGCGUAUCAUGGCGCAAGACAAGGUGACAGCGUGGAUAAAGAAGCAAUGCUGGGACACCAUGCUCACGCCGAGGGUCAAGCUGUUCGCCAUAUUCAGCCACUAUCAGGUGGAAAACUAUGCAGUGUUGCCAACGCAACGCGACAACUGGCCUGAACUGCAGCAGAUAGAGGCGCUGCGUUCUAUAGAAAUGGAAAACGAUGGGGACCUGUUCAAACCCUGGGAAGAGGUUUCCGAAGAAGUCGCUAGCAUCUCUAAGAGUCAAACUGAGGAAGUGCCGGAGCCGUCGCCGUCGGCGCGCGACGUGCGGCGCAGCGCGGAGAGCGCGCUGGAGGAGGCGGCGCAGGCGCUGGAGGCGGGCGCGCAGCCGCACGCGCUGGCCGCCUCCAGCGCGCACCGCUGCGUGCCCGUGCCGCUCUACAUGAUCCCGCAGACCCUCGCCUUCAGCUUCCUACAGAUGAACUGGCUGCAGCACAUCGUCAAGCUAAACGUUCAAAACAUGCGGUUGUGGUUCAACAAGCAGUUCGAUGAUCUCAUGAAUCUCAAGAAACGGGAAGUAGGGCUGGUGGAAGAGAGAAACGCUAGACUACGGUUCAUUAUUGAAGAACUAAAUAAACUAUCCGAUCUUCGCGGGAGCUUCCACCACCUGACCAUCGAGAUUAAGAACCCAGAAUGGCGUCAAGAGGAACAACCGUUGAAACUGAUUAAAGUGGAACCGGAAGAGUGCAGUAUCGAGCCGUACAUCAGCCCGAGCCAGAUCGUGAUCAUCCCCCCGGACCCUGGACCCAAGGACGACUUCAGAGAGCGCGCGCUGAUGGACAUGAUGGAUGGCGUGCUGGAGAAGCUCUGGCACGAGGAGAUCAAGAAGCCCAUACCGAUGCCGCAGUGUAUGCUGGACAAAGAGCCAGAACACUUCAACGAGGACGAUUUGCGUUUAGUGUUCGACUACGAGGCGAAGGUGGCGUUCAGGAACGAGGAGAGAGACAAGUACCGCAAGAUGCUGCACGCGGAGUACGCCAAGCUGUCGCAGCUGUUGAACGAGAGCAUCGUCAAGUUCAACCAGAAA